AUGUCAGGUCUUGCCCGUUUGAGAAUAGUCGCCAUCAACGAUGUUUAUGAACUGCACAAUCUUCCAAAAUUGCAGACUUUCCUAUCGAGGUUGACCAGCGAGCCUUCAGCAGUGACAUUGGCAGGAGAUUUCUUGUCUCCUUCUACUCUAUCGUCAGUAGAUGGAGGUAGAGGUAUGGUAUCCACGCUAAGAGCUACUGGGGUGACUCAUGUUUCCCUCGGCAAUCACGAACAGGAUCUUCGCCUCGAAUCAUUGCAUGACCGCCUAGCUAGCCUUUCAAAGUCAGUUAAUGUCAUCAACUCGAAUAUGAGAGAGAAUAUUCCAGACAAAGCACAAUGGAUGACGGAAGUCACCGUACCUUAUUCUUUGAUCACGUCGCCAUGCAAUCGUGUACGGGUGGCACUUUUGGGUUUGUUGAGUGACGAACCCGGAAUAUUCCGAGACAAUACAUUCAAGGGUGUUCCGGUUAGCGACGUCAUCGAAACAUAUGCAAAGAUGUACAAUGAAAUCGUUCCCAACAUUGCAGAUGCAUGUAUACCACUCACUCAUCAGUCAAUGACACGUGACAAAGAGCUUGCCGAGUCAAUGUUGGACUUGCAUGGAGGCAAAGGAGUCAUCAUCGGUGGCCAUGAACACGAACCUCUUGACGAGCUUGUUGGGAAUGGAUCAGAUGGUGACUCAAUACGGAUCCUCAAAGCUGGAAUGGACUCUAUGGCUGCUUCUGUGAUUGAUCUUUCAUAUGAUGUUACAGAAAACGAACGACCCACUACAGUUGCCGUUGACUACAAACUGGAGCCUCUGGUGGACAUAGAACCAUCAGAGGUGCUACAACAAAUAGUGGACAAGCACAUGUCCGUAAUCAAAGCACUCGAUGGUGAACACAUCAUAAAUUCUGACACAGCGCAUAUGCUUCCACCUGGUGCCCUUCUUUCUUCGAAACGAACCCGAUUCGAGCAGACCACAGUGGGCAGUAUAUUCCUGCAACUCCUCAAGGAAGAGAUGGAUGCAGAUGUAGCUAUUGUCAAUGGCGCUUGCAUCAAGGGAGGUACCGACUAUUAUGAUGGGAAAAUGACCUAUGCACAAUUGAAGAAGGAACUCCCCUUUCCUACGAAGAUGAUUGUUGUUAUAAUGAAACGUUGGGAACUACAAGAUGCUAUCGAUUACUCUCGAACUUCCACUGAAGGUAAUGCGGAAAACGAAAACGGCGAAAUACCACGCCGCGGGUAUUUGCAAGUUGACUGGGAUUAUGAUCAGGUGGGCUACCUUGGUUCCCCCGAUGACGACUUGAAGGUUGCAUUACCGAGGAAUCUAUUGAAUGGAUUUUGUAAGAUCAAACCACUCAUGAAAAUUGGCGACCGGCUGAAGCAGGACAAAAUCUUCCCCGGCGAUGAUGAUUAUGUCCCUGCCAUCAAUCUAGUCACGAGGUAUGCCUGUAAAAAUCGCUGGUCACAAAUGAUUGGCGACAUUGACGAUUUUGAUCAGUUUGAUUUGGACGGAAAUGGUGUACUUGACAGAACGGAAGUCAAGCUUUUGAUGGAAAAAUUUCUUGGCCAUGAACCAGCGGAUUUUGUAGUCGAUGACAUGAUCGCUGCUCUAGAUGCUGAUGAAAAUGGUGUUAUUGACAAAGACUGCUCGUAUCCAUCACAACAAGCGCCUCGCCUCAAGCAAUAUACACAAGCUAUCAUUCCACAAGAGCACCCUGCUUCUGUAGUGAUAGAUACAACGCGAAAAAUCUCAGCGAAGAGAAAUAUGAUGGGCCGCCGAUUUCCUACUUUGCUAAUUACCACAAUUGUCGCUUUACAAUGCUUGACUGCCCUCGGCUUUCAACAGCAAGUCGCCCACACCAGCAUUGCUGGACGUAAGAUCACUCUUCCAUCCGUAAAUCCAAGGCCCGAACAUGGGUCGAUAUCGAGCUUUUGUAACACUCGAAGUCAUCGAAUAAAUCGCAGUAGACUGUCAACUGCAACAACAUCGGCGGAGGAAAACCCGAAAGUGCCUUUUCCUUUGGUUCUAUGGAGAUUCACGAGGCCCCAUACCAUUAUUGGAUCAGCACUUGCCAUUCCUGCGUUACAUGUUCUAGCAGCACCAACAUAUGCAUCGGCUUUUACAGCUCGAUCUCUAACCAGCAUGAUAUUUGCCAUGAUACCAGCCUUACUGAUGAACUUGUACAUUACUGGUUUGAACCAAGUCACGGAUGUUGAGAUUGACAAAGUCAACAAACCAAACCUUCCGAUUGCUGCUGGGGACCUCAGCCUGAGAGCUGGAGUAGCAACGGUCGUAUUGUCAUUGAUUCUUUCAUUGCUGAUGGGGGUCUCGCAUCCUGUUCUUGGAUCACAAGGACUCAACGUGGCUUUAUGGUUUUCUGGGAUUUUGGGGACACUGUACUCCCUGGAGCCAUUUCGUCUCAAGAGAUUUCCAUUCUUAGCAGCAUUCUGCAUUGUUUCUGUGCGAGGGGCAGUCAUCAAUGCUGGAUUUUUUGCCCAUGCGAAGGCAGCUGCAUUUGGUCAAACUACCACAGUGAUGGACUGCUUGGUUGGAGAUCGUAGAUGUCUUCUCUCAAGUCUCUACUUUGCUAUUUUUGGAGUUGUUAUUGCAUUGAUGAAGGAUGUACCCGAUGUAAAGGGCGAUGCUUUAUCUAACGUUCGGACCUUCUCCGUUCGGUUGGGACAAAAGAGGGUAUUUGGUUUGAUGUGUCGAUUGCUAGCAUUCACUUUUUUUACCGUAGGCGCAAGCUUCUUACGGGGAUCAUUAUUGGCUCGGCAAUCAGCACCUCUAUUUAUUGGACGAGCAAUCGUCGGACUCUCUUCCGUCAUGGCUGGAGUAUCUGUACAAAAGGAAGCAGCUCCUGUGGAUGCUGAAGACCCAAAAGAAGUCUACAACUUCUACAUGCACCUAUGGAAACUCUUUUACUUGUCAUACCUGGUUUUACCUUUUGCCAGGUAG